UAAGCUUAAAUCGUCUCAGAAGGACAAGGUCCGCCAGUUUAUGGCAUUUACCCAGGCUGGUGAAAGGACUGCUAUCUAUUGCUUAAUGCAGAAUGAGUGGAAACUAGAAGUGGCAACAGACAACUACUUCCAGAACCCAGACUUGUACUACAAAGAAUCCAUGAAAAAUUCAGUAGACAGGAAGAAAUUAGAACAACUGUAUAAUCGGUACAAAGACCCACAAGAUGAAAAUAAAAUUGGCAUUGAUGGGAUUCAGCAGUUCUGUGAUGAUUUAAACCUGGACCCAGCCAGUAUCAGUGUUCUGGUUGUAGCAUGGAAGUUCAGGGCAGCUACUCAAUGUGAAUUCAGUAAAAAGGAAUUUGUUGAUGGCAUGACAGACUUGGGGUGUGACACCACAGAAAAACUAAAAGCUCUAUUACCAAGACUGGAACAAGAGCUAAAGGAUCCAACAAAGUUCAAAGAUUUUUAUCAGUUUACUUUUAACUUUGCUAAAAACCCUGGACAAAAAGGUUUAGAUCUAGAAAUGGCAAUUGCAUAUUGGAAUUUAGUUUUGUCAGGAAGGUUUAAAUUUCUUGAUCUUUGGAAUAAAUUUUUGUUGGAACAUCAUAAAAGAUCAAUUCCAAAAGAUACUUGGAAUCUUUUGUUAGACUUUGGAAAUAUGAUUGCAGAUGAUAUGUCCAACUAUGAUGAAGAAGGAGCGUGGCCUGUUCUUAUAGAUGAUUUUGUGGAAUAUGCACGACCAGUAGUCACAGGAGGAAAACAUAAAACUUCCUAACCCCAGACUUGUCAAUUUGGACUAAAGGUGCACUCUGAACUGCAUUAGGUAAUGAAGAUUUGUCGACUGGUAACUGCACAUCGUUGCUGGUUUCAGUGGCUGUGAGGAGUUUCUACAGACAAAACUGAAAUUCUUCCUUUCAGCCUAAAGAAAAUGGUGGCUGACUUGUGGACACUUAAAGAACAAACUCAGUCCAGGCUGUUUAUAGGCUACUGGCUUCAAUUGUUGUACUGAUUGUAUCAUAUAGGAUGUAGAUUUUGCAUGUUUUUAUACUCUGGGGAAGUUUAACUAGAGGCCAUUUUAUUAAAGUUUUGACAGCACAGCAUGCCAUUCAGUUCAUGAUCCAAAGUGAACACCAGCAGUUACAUAAAUAAAACUGUAUUAUAUUGUACUUAUAUUAAAAGCAGUAUUUGUGGUAUAUAAAUUAAAUCCCUAAAUAAAACUUA